UAUUUGGUUGACAACCCUUUGAAUUGCGGCUGCCGGCUUAAGUGGUUGCAGCGUCUACUGGUGCAUACCGAGGCCGGAGACAACCAAUGGGCUCGCUGUGCUCAGCCGACUCGUCUGAGCGGACAGUUAAUUCGUGAGCUGACGGAUGAACAGAUGCAAUGCAUUGAAGAGAGCUCAGAUGGUAGGAAAGUCUUUCCAAAAAUAGGAUUUGAAUACUGA